CACAGAAGGUAUGAGAAAGUUCCGCAGGAUUUCCCUGUACCAAAACAAAGUACAAAAAACAUUUUAUUAGUCUUGUCUGAAAAAUGGAUUCAAAUGCACAAUCUCUAAUUGAAUCAGCCUUACAACAUAUAUCAGAGUCGGUGUUUGUGGGACUGUGUCACAUAGUGGGGACCUCACAACAGGUAGCCAUGAGGAGAGAGGUAUUGGACAUCACGGAGAAGCUGACAAAUCAAGUCAAUAGUGAUUCAAACUCUAUAAUGACAAGUGGAAGCUACAGAGAAGGAUUAAGACUGAAGGGAUCAGAUAUAGACAUUAUGUACUGGCGAAAUUACGAACGAGUCAUUUGGGACUUAUCUCAGACUCGGUAUUACAACAGGCACAGAUACACGUUAAUUCUCUGCGACUGUUCCGAUAGUCCACCAGGAUUCUGUUUACUUCAGCUUUUGAUAACAGCGCCCAUCAUAGCAACAUCAUCAUGCAUUUUUGGAAUAGCGGACAUAAAUAAUCUUUCAACACUUGUCAGAACAAACGGUGCCCUUUUUAUGUCAAGUAAAAUAUACAGAGAAACCAGGGGUCCAGGACUAACACUUAGAUUCACUCCACAUGGACCCUGUGCCAGUGGAAUUCAUGCUGGAUUAGAAUAUGAUUUUGCCUACUGCUUUGGCUCUGACUUUUGGCCUCCACCUGCUGCCUCUUGGAUAGACAGAUGCCACUCAUGGCCCCAGCCUCAUGUUGUUAGCGACAUCAUCAGAAGUGGAUGUCACUUUGUAGCAACUGGACACAAACUAGGAAAUCAUGAAGACCACGAAUGGAGAAUUUCUUUCUCUAGGGCAGAACAAAAACUUGUGUACUCAAUGAACCAUAUGCAGUUCUUAACUUAUGGUUUGCUGAAAUUGUUCUUAAAAGAAGUUAUUAAUAAUGAAUUAGGGGAUCAUGACAAACUACUGUGUUCCUACCACAUGAAAACAUCACUUUUCUGGGUUAUUCAACAAAACACAGGUUUUUACUCUUGUCCACGAAAUCUCCUGUUUUGUUUUUGGGACUGCUUCAAACUAAUCCUUCAGUGGGUCUAUGAAGGGUUCUGCCCUAACUUUUUCAUUCCACAAAACAAUAUGUUUCUAAGUAGUAUUCAUGGUGAUAAGCAAAACCAGCUGUUCAUUAGGCUGCAUGCUUUGUAUGAGAAGGGUUUAGUAUCACUGCUACACAGUACCUCCAUCUGGCCCUAUGUUUUAAACGUCCUUUGUAACCCAAUGCUUCCCAUCUGUACAGAUGAAAGCAACUUGUUUCCUGAGAUUGUAUUUGAUUUAACCUUAUUUAAUUGUUUAACUUGUGCUCAUGUGAAAGCAGUAAAAAACCUGUAUCACUGUAAGAAAGCCCUAGAAGGUGUAGAACAGUUGAUAAAUACACCCUUGACACCAUAUCAUGUUGUCACCUUACAGAAACAUACAACCUCCUUCCUCCAGAAUAUUGCGUUUAUAUUACACAACAUGUACAUCAAAACUUGUCGAAACAAAAUGGUGUAUAUUGCUGACAGAAUGUCCCAUCGCAUCCUUAUAUUAACAUCCAAGUUUGGUUGCCCUUCUGACAUGGUGUAUACGGCCAUGUAUUACUACAAGACGAUGAGAUUUUUGGACGCAUUAUCUGUUAUAGAAAUGACAAAAUUCAUACUGUCAUAUAAAACGAAUACCGAGGCUUUGAGAGGACAGUCCUUGACUUCAAAAAUGAGACUCUUUAAAAGAAGAAGUAUCUUCCUUAACAAUUAUAUCUGUUAUAUCAAUGAAUUAUUGCCUGAACAAUUGUCUAGUAUACAAGAAAGCCAGUCUAAUUUGGCUAUCCCUGUAUUCGUGCUCUUAUACAUACUGGAGAUCUUGUGCUACAGUCAUGUUGAUACAACAAAAGUACAAACAGCUCUAUGUUAUCUCCAGCACCUAGUCCACCAUCCUCACAGGAAGUUCAUACCGGAAGGUUUAGAAGACAUAUCAUGGCAGAUCCUAGGGAUCUGUUACCAGGUCACAGGGAAUCCACACGCGGCUCUUUACGCGUAUCAACAGUCACUUUCACAAGUAUCAGUAAAUAAAAUAAAACAUGCUUCACUAAUGAGAAUACAGGAUAUCCUUCAGUGA